AUGUACGGGAUUGCACGAAUCAACUUCUGUCCUCGUUACUUCGCCCAAGGUGAUUUAAGCGAUGUGAUCAAGAACGGAAACGACAAGAGCCUUGGGCCUCUGUGGUACGCGAAUCUCGAUAACUACCUACCCAACAAAGCCAGGACAUGGAUCCAUGAGCUUUUACACAUUGACUGGGUGUCCAAAGCCAAUCAGUACGGCUCCAAUACCCACGUUACAGACCUCAAGAUGUGGGUACCAAAGGAAGGGGAGUCUCCACCUGCCUACCAGCUUCUGCAGAUCUACAGCCCGAAGAUGGCAAAGACUCUUGCGAGAUACAAAUACAACACAGGCCAUUGGAUCGCCCAGAGCUGCGAGAAUCUGACGUUGUAUGCCAUGGCAAGAUAUGUGCAAAAGGCGCUAGGAAAUGUUUAUCCUCACCUACCUCUCGCCCCAGAACCCCCCUCGAGCCCACCCACGGAAGGAGUCGAACCCGCGUUUACAGUUGGUGAUCUUUUUACCAUGCAUUCCGACGGAACGGUCACCAUCAUUAAUUCCACCGCUGUGGGUGAUCUGACAUGGGACCCCCAGUGUCCCUCUGGCGAGGAGAUAGAAGCGGGUGCUGAUGCCGAAGAGCUCUUCCUCGGAGCUGAUGUCGUAACUGAGGCCGAUUUGCCGCAGGAGUACUUGAAAAAAUACAGAACCUGGGCUGGUACAGAAAUUGGUGACAAGUUGACCUUCAAAGGUGUAGCUCCAGGUCAGGCGGUCAAGCCAGGGACCAAGCUACGCAUUCUCGGCGUGGGAGACUCCAUCACUGUUGGAUUCCUCAGCGAGAGGGAUGGAGGCGACGGUAACGGCUACAGACUAAAGCUGCAACAAGACUUGUCAAAGGAUGAAGUUGUCUUCGUGGGGACUGAGUCUGCUGGAGGCACGAUGUCUGGUGGAUAUUUUGCUGCAUGGUCAGGCCAGACGAUCCAGUACAUCUCGGAACACGUUAGCAGCUCAUUAGAGCAACGGCCGAAUAUUAUCCUUGUGCACGCCGGCACAAACGACAUGAAUCCUAACCUUAAUAUUGCUAAGCAAGGCAAUGAUCCGAGCAGAGCGGCUAGUCGGCUUGGCAAGCUUAUCGAUCAGAUUGUGGACGCUUGCCCGGACGCCGUCGUCCUUGUGGCUAUGAUCAUCAGUACUUGUGAAGAAGCCCAGCAGGUGAAUACAGCUCAGUACCAGGCUCUCAUUCCGGGCAUCGUGCAGUCUCGUCGAGCCAUUGGCAAGCACGUUCUCGCGGUCGAUUUCACUACUUUCCCUACAGGAUCUCUUCGGGACUGCAUUCACCCAACAAAUCAAGGCUACCGGGACUUUGGCGAUUACUGGUAUGACUUCAUCUCUCAGAUCCCUUCCGAUUGGAUCCGCCAACCUGUGGGCGACGACCCAGACCAACCGACACUACCCGGCAUCGAUGCGAACGGCGGCUUAGAUGGGGCUAUCCCGUCUCCGAGCUGGGGAAUCAACCCGAUCCAGGUGAGCUCGAGAAGCAGCGUUCGGACGGCUGCUCUUCUCGGCGGGAGCGGCGGGGAGCGCACUUGCAAGGGCGGGCCAGUGUGGCGAGCCACAGGCAUGAUCGCAUCCGGCUUUGGAAAAGCUGGCGGCUGGCAAUAUCGCAAAAACUGGAUCGAAGCGGGCAAAGUCGCUGAUGGACUCAAAUUAGACUCCAAAUUCGUUCGACUGCAUGAUAUGAAUGGAGAUGGGAAAGCAGACUACAUAUGGCUCAAUCCUGAAAAUGGAGAGAUACGAUGUUGGAUCAACAACCUUCCCGCCCCGUGGUCUCCAGCAGGGACGAACAAUAGCAUCAUCGGCAGUGGUGCCGGUGUUGCAGAGUCUGUUUUCUUGGCGGAUAUGAACGGUGAUGGCCUCGAGGAUUACAUGAUCGUCAACCCGCAAAAUGGAGCAGUGAAGAUCUGGUGGAACUAUGGAGCAGACGAGUCCUGGGUCAAUGGAUGGAAGUUUAUUGACGGAGGUCAAAUAGCAUCUGGUGUUCCUCAUGCUAACUGGGCCACACUCCGAUUCCCGGACAUCAACGGCGAUGGUCGCGCGGACUACGUGUAUAUUGGAGCUGCUGGGUCUCUCUCCCAUUGGAUGAACACAGGGACUGCAGGAGGGCAAGAUGUGGUCUUCUAUUUUCAAGGGGGCAUUGCUACUGGUGGCACAUCUGAUAUCUCAAAUCUUGUGUUCGCCGACGUGGAUGGCGAUGGCCGCGACGACUACCUCAUUCGGGACGCCCAGGCAGGUCUCACAGGCUUUUUGAACCAGCCAACCAGAAGAGAAGGAGUGCCACUUUACGUCAAUCAGGGGCAGGCGAAAACGAUUGCAGAUGGUAUCACGCAAGAUCCGAAGAACAUUAGACUGGCUGACAUGGAUGGAGACGGCAAAGAUGACUACGCAUACAUUGACGACAACGGGGCUAUCUGGCUGUGGUAUAAUCAGGGUGAUGCCGACACAUCCAUGGCCAUCGAUGGCAUUCGAUUUGCCGAUAUUGACGGCGAUGGGAUUGAAGACUAUGUUUGGCUUCAUCCAGACACCGGGGCACCGACCGUUUUCUUGAAUAAGGGUCCCAAUGAUGAUGAUGCUCUGGGGUGGUUAUGGAGUCCAGUCAACAAUGGAAAUCCAAUCGCGUCAGGAGCUGGUCCAGGAAACACUGUUCACUUGGAGACAUUAAUGGGCAAGUUUUGUGCUUCCUUGUGUUUAAUUGCAAUACGGCUAUGGUAUUCAAGAGAACUACACGCGUAUUUGAACAAGGGGCCCGAUGAAUCCAAGGCAGAGAAGUGGCUUUGGGACCCUGUCGGAUCGAUCGCCACCGGCCUGGGACCCGGCGCGAAUGUGCGCUUCGCUGAUAUCGAUGGCGACGGCUAUGAUGAUUACAUAUUUCUCAAGUCGAAUGGUGGAAUAACAAUUUACAGAAACGUCUGGGAAACUAACAAGCCGCCAUCAAGUUGGAGACCACUGCCGGAGGCUGACGCUUCAGGUAUUGGGCAGAGACCUGAAGAAAUUGACUUUGUUGACAUUAAUGGUGAUGGAAAGGCCGACUAUGUCUGGACAUGUGCUCGCGAUGGCGCCGCUGGGGUCUGGCUCAACAAUUAUCCCAAUCAGCCGACCUGGCUCGAACAGCCUGAGAUCGCCGGCGGCGUCGGGGUGUCUGGAAGUGAUGUGAGGUACGCCAUCCUUCAGAACACAGGUCGGGCCAGCUACGUCGCCAUCGACCGCACAAAUGGCGCUAUUGCCGCCUGGCUGAACAGUUGUACCCAGCUCGGCGACCAUCCCCGUCCAAACGUCGUCUUCAUUGGCCUCAGGGAGACGUUCACUGAGUCGGUUUUGGCUCGUUCUUGGAUCAUUUACGAGUCCGCAACAGGGAGCACUAUUGAUAUCUGUGAUGAUGAGCCCAAGGGUGCCUUCGCGGCGGCCACCACUUCAUCGAACCCAAAAUUCCCCACGAAUCUCGGCGAGUUUGAUGUUCAUGGUGUCGAAGGAUGUGUGUACUCUGGUUCCCAGGAUGAGCCAGGUAAGAUGCAGUGCCCGGGCGUUAGCGGCAUUCGAUGCCGCCAGGAUUCUCAGUAUGACGAGGUGUUUCAUUGCGGCUUGUCAAAUUAUAAGCCAAGGAUUAGGUGCACUUGGUAG